GACCAUUAUAAAAUGGAUCUGCCAUGUUACCAUGGCAACAUAAGUAUUAAAACUUGUGAAAAUCUUCUGCUCGGAAAAGGAAAGAAUGGAUGCUUUUUGCUAAGGGACAGUGAAUCCUAUCCUGGAGCGUUGUGCCUGUGUGUCUUGUAUGGAAGAUUGAUCUAUACAUACAGAAUUUUUCAAAAUAUUGAUGGGCAUUACAUUAUUCAGGCAGCUGAAGGAGUUAAAGAAAUAUUAUUCACAAAUCUCAGGGAACUCAUAUCUACUUAUGGAAAACCCAAUCAGGGAUUGGUGCAUAAUCUGAUAUAUCCUGUCAACAAAGAGCAGAUACACCCCCAAUCAAAAGGUUCCAUGGAACGUGUCAUACUGGAUGAGACCUAUGAAGAGAUUGAUGACAGAGUGUACGUGGAUGUCCUACCUUCUUGA